AUGAGUGAUUCUCUUUACAAAGUUGAUACAACACCACGUCUUGCUCAAUGGAGAAUCGAAAACUUGGCUUCUUGCACUUAUCGCAAAUCAGAUCCUUUCAAGAUAGGAAACUGGAACUGGUAUUUGUCGGUUGAGAAACACAAGGUUGUGUUUGUUAAAUUGUUUCCUGAAAUAUCCAAUGUCACAAGAGACAAUCCUCCAAUUGCAUCUUUUAUUAUGCGUGUGGUGAGUUCUGCUCUUGGAGAUCGCAAAGCUCUCACACAUCCAGAGAUAAAGGACAAAGUGAUCAAAAGCAACGAGGAUUUUGUUUGGUCACUUGAGGUUCCACUGUCUGGAAAAUUCAUUAUUGAUGUUGAUUUCCUUGAUUUGAAGAUUGCAUCUCCAGAUGGUGGAGAACCUUGCUCUAUAUGGGGCGGUGAAGGAUUUACGCAAGAGAGAUCGAAUGCAAAAGCGCUAGGGUCGCUUGGUAAAAUGCUAAGAAAAGGAAUCCACACGGACGUAACCAUCAAUGCUUCUGAUGGAAGUAUAGGAGUUCAUAGAGCUGUUCUCGCAUCUCGAUCACCUGUCUUCCAAAGCAUGUUCUCGCACGAUCUUAAAGAGAAAGAGUUGUCGACCAUAAACAUCACCGACAUGUCAAUCGAAACAUGUCAGGCUUUUUUCAACUAUCUUUACGGGAUCAUCAAAAACGAAGAAUUUCUAACUCAUAGGCUAGCCCUUCUACACGCAGCUGACAAGUACGACAUAUCUGAUUUGAGAGAGGCCAUCCACGAGAGUCUUCUCGAAGAUAUUGAUACGAAGAAUGUACUUGAGAGGCUCCAAAACGCGUCGCUAUAUCGCUUGACGAAACUGAAGAUGAGCUGUAUUCAGUAUCUUGUUAAAUUCGGUAAAAUAUUCGAAAUUCGGGAUGAUUUUAAUACGUUCCUCCAAAAUGCAGACAGGGAUCUCAUUUCUGAAGUCUUCGCCGAAGUUCUCGGUGCCUGGAAAGGAUAUUGA